CGCUGAUCUCUAUUCUUUUCCAGCCGGCGCUCUGUGGUGUGUGCUGCUGUAGCCUGUCAGCGCUGGAGGUUGCGUCAGUCUGUUAGGCCUUUCUUUUCGUCUUUGUUGCUGGCAGAGCUUUAGGCUUAGCUAAGCCAAUACUCUUAGCAAAACAGACGGCAUCAAGCGCCGAAAUCUUUCGCCCAUCAACGUUAUCGUCCUAAUAUCGCAUGUCCUCUAUCCAGAACCUCCAGUCUUUCGAUCCCUUUGCUGAUGCAACUAAGGGUGACAACUUGCUCCCGGCGGGGACAGAGGAUAAAAUCCACAUAAGGAUUCAACAACGAAACGGGCGCAAGACUCUUACUACAGUACAGGGAAUUGCGGAUGAUUAUGACAAGAAAAAGCUGGUGAAAGCGUUCAAAAAGAAAUUUGCCUGCAAUGGUACUGUGAUUGAACAUCCGGAGUACGGGGAAGUUAUCCAGUUGCAGGGAGACCAAAGAAAAAACAUUUGCCAGUUUCUCCUUGAGAUAAACAUUGUAAAGGAAGAGCAGUUGAAGGUCCAUGGAUUCUAAAGUGAUGGACUUGCCAGAGGAUCAAGACUACAGCAGUUUUUAGGACACCACACAUAAUUAGGGCUCUAAAAUUGUCUGACCGUGACAUGGCUGUCAAAAUGAAUGACUGUAUAAAAGUUUUUAUAAGUAUUCCAAGUUAAGAUAUUUUGAUAAGUGUAUGACUGCUUCCAUUCAGGGACUGACUUAGGUGUUGACUGUAACAAAUUAUGAUGGUUGUGCUCAGCUAAGUAUUUCUAUUCAAGACUCAAUAAAACCAUAUGAUUUUGGCACACUU